UUCAUGCAGGCGCCAGCGCGGGAACAAGCAGACCCGGAGACGCGAGCUCGAGUGAAAGUAUUAGGAAAACAAAGUCGUCUCGCCAAGCAGACAGCGAUGGACCCCUCGGAGGUGGAGUUCCUCGCUGAGAAAGAGAUGGUGAAGAUAAUACCAAACUUCAGUUUGGACAAGAUCUAUCUGAUCGGGGGUGACCUGGGGCCCUUCAACCCGGGACUGCCUGUUGACGUUCCUGUGUGGCUGGCUCUCAACUUGAAGCAGAGACAGAAAUGUAGGAUUGUUCCUCCUGCGUGGAUGGAUGUUGAGAAACUGGAGGAGAUGCGAGAGCUUGAGAGGAAGGAGGACACCUUUAGUCCUGUUCCCAGUCCGUACUACAUGGAGCUGACCAAAGUGCUGCUGAACCAUGCGUCUGACAACAUCCCUAAAGCAGAUGAGAUCCGCACGCUGGUCAAAGACAUCUGGGACACACGUAUUGCCAAACUCCGCCUCUCAGCCGACAGCUUCAUCAGUCAGCUGGAGGCUCAUGCCAAGCUGGACAACCUGACUCUGAUGGAGAUCAACACCAUACGAGCGUUUCUUCUUGACUCUCUCAACUGCAUGUACAAACUACGUUCCAAUCUGCAGCCGGGUUCAAGUAAAAAACAGUUCACGGACUAUUGAGCCCCAACAACAACAAGUUUGGAUCGUAGACUGAGAAUCUGAUCAGCUUUGGACUAAGGAUUGUACUUUAUCACUUUAUCACCAGGCUCCGUCAUUACUGAGUUAUGGUAAUGGUUGAUUGAAGCUAACAGAGUUUUACUCCGCUUGU